AUGUACUUGUCGCUGGCGUUGCUUGCCUAUCUUUCCCCUUGGGUUUUCGCUGCAUCACCAAAUUAUUGUCCGCUUCUGGGACCCAUCUUCCCGCCCCCGAGAGCACUCUCGACAAGCAGCGCAUUCCUCGCCGCGAAGAACAACAUUUCCUUGGCCCUCGAGGCAGCCAUAGCAGGAACAUCCCCUCUCAAUGACAUCUUUAACUCUAACAACACAUCGUUUGCCAUUCAAGUCUUUUCGACGGAUGACGCGGACCCCCUUUUCGAAUCCUACUAUACCGCUCCAAAUGUCAACACUUCUGUAGGGGUUAGUGUAGUGGAUGCGAAUACCGUGUUCCGCAUCGGUAGCGGCUCAAAGAUAUGGACAAUCUUGUUGGUUCUCAUCGAACGGGGGGACACUGUGUUUCGCGAUCCGGUGGCGAAGUAUAUCCCCCGAAGAUUGAGCACCAAGCCACGUGGGAAUGAGAUUGAUUCUGUGCGCUGGAACGAGGUGACAAUCGGGCAGCUGGCAAGUCACCUAGCGGGGAUACCGCGAGACUAUGGGUUCGUCGAUCUAGCCACUUUGCUGCCUGAUCCAAGUGCAAUCGGCCUUCCUGAGCUUUCGCCAGCCGAGAUCCCCUCAUGCGGAUUUUUCGACGGCUUCUUGAAGAGACACCCCAUAGUUCCGACUGUUACCACACUAGUCUACUCAAAUGCAGCAUUCCAGAUCAUCGGAUACGCUCUGGAAGCAAUGACCGGUCAAAGCUACCAGACGGUCCUGUCUCAGGACCUCAUCCGCCCGCUCAACCUCACCCGCUCCAGCUACAACAAGCCAGCGGACAGACUUGGGAUCAUCCCCGGCGAUGUAGAGACCACGUGGUGGGCCUACUCACUCGGCGACGAGACACCUACCGGUGGCCUCUACUCGUCGACCAAGGACAUGGCCACCUUUGGCCGCGCCAUUCUUGACAAUCGGCUGCUUUCCAGCGCUCAUACUCGGCGCUGGUUGAAACCGGCUGGUCACACAUCCUCACUGGACAUAGCCGUCGGGGCUCCUUGGGAAAUCUACUCAUUUCCCUCCUCACGAGUGGUCGAUCUUUACGCCAAGCCGGAGAUCUGGGGUCCCGGCACAAACACACACUGGACGGCUGCCUACUUAUCCGAUCUCCUUGCAAACCCGCUUCUUCCCGCGCUCGACGAAGCGGCGAAAGAGGAGGCGAUCCCAAGAUUCAUGGGGUCCUAUUUUGCGAGAAACUCCUCAUCCUCACUGACCAUCACCACGGAUGACGGCCCUGGACUGAGGGUCGAUACAUGGCUCAAUGAGGGCAACGAUAUGUUUAACACACUUUCACUGCUUCCGGGCGCGUCUAUUGCGGAUCUCAGCGUGCGGCUGUAUCCGACCGGACUGGAGACACCAGGGCGGGUGUCUUUCCGGGCGGUCUUCCGGGAUUUGAGUUUGGGAGUCGAUGGGAUUGGACCGUUCAGUCGAGCAUGCCCGACCUGGUUCCUUGUGGACGCUUUUGUGUACGGAGCCGUUGGGCUCGAUGAGUUUGUGUUUGAUGUGAACAAACAGGGGAAGGCCGUUGCAGUCGAGGCGAGGGGGUCUAAGGGUCAGGUCGAGGUCGAGAUUCCUGAAAAAGACUGA